UAAUAACUGAGUUCUACGCAUAGAUAUCACUGGUUUAGCCAACUUGCUGUUACACGCAUUCAACAAAACGCUCGUGUUGGAGCUGCAACAGCUUCAGCCCUCCUAGGAAGGCUUUCCACAAGGGAUAGGAGUGUGUUUAUGGGAAUGUUUGACUGUUGCCGUGACUAAAUAUAUUUCCUGGCCAUCUUUCUAACUGCCAACGGUUUAACGUUGACUUGUAUACAACCGAGUCACUCACUGGGAUGCUUCGCCGAAAGCCAACACGUCUGGAACUGAAGCUGGAUGACAUGGAAGAGUUCGAGAGUGUGAAGAAAGAGCUUGAGAGUCGAAAGAAACAGCGAGAUGAGGUGGAUGUGGUUGGCGUUCCAACGUCCAGCGAGAUGAGCGGCGCUUCAGGGGGUGGAGAAGGGAAAACCAGAGAACAGAUGAUCCACGAGCGAAUCGGAUAUAAACCUCACCCAAAGCCAAACACCCUACCAUCGUUAUUUGGAAACCUUCAGUUUUGAACUACUAACUAAAUCAAGCAUCCAUUUUUCAAUCAUACAGACUUUAAACCGGCCUGCUUUGCUGUGAGAACCACACAGCUCCAUUUUGUACAGAUUCACUUACAAACUGAAAAUACAUUUUUUCCUCACUUCUCUUGUUACUGAUAAA